UAACCCUUCGGGAAUAUGCUCAAGCUAGUGCAAUACAUAGCCCCCCGACUGGGCGGCGCCACGCCCAGACCGGCCGGUUGCGGCUGGGGCAACAUGCUAUUGAUUUCGCCGAAAAGUUCCGAGAGAUGUAUAACGAAACGUCGCCAUUUUCUUUUCUCCUCCGCCAGCAGCAGCGGCACUUUCGCUUCUUCUUCUUCGCUCUGCACCGAACACCGACAACAGUUCCACGGGAGUCGCAGGAAUCGGGAGAUAUUACUGUCCCCAAGCACACAUAGUAGUCUUCAAGUCCAGUCGCAGCGUGCGUUUCGAGACAGUUCGAAAACAGAACCAGACGACUACCUAGAUUCCAUCCCGAAAGCAGAGCAGCGGACGAGAAGGAAAUCGCUUUUUAACGACCCCGACGAGAGAACAGAGGAAAUCAAAAUUGAAGGAAUAAUGGCACCACACGAUCGCGACUUUGGUCACAGUGGACGUGGCGGUCGCGGAGGCGAUCGAGGCGGUGAUGACCGGCGAGGAGGCGGCGGUGGAGGCAAUCGCUUUGGAGGCGGCGGCGGUGGUGGUGGCGGUGGCGGUGGUGAUUACCACGGCGUAAGGAAUGGACGUAUUGAGAAGCGCCGCGAUGAUCGCGGAGGCGGCAAUCGUUUUGGAGGUGGUGGUGGUGGAUUCGGUGAUCGCCGAGGAGGAGGUGGAGGCGGCAGCCAAGACCUCCCCAUGCGCCCGGUCGACUUCUCCAACCUGGCUCCCUUUAAAAAGGACUUUUACCAGGAGCAUCCCAACGUGGCUAACCGAUCACCCUACGACGUUCAGCGGUAUCGCGACGAGCAGGAAAUCACUGUGCGCGGACAGGUGCCAAACCCCAUCCAGGACUUCUCCGAGGUCUAUCUGCCCGACUACGUCAUGAAGGAGAUCCGCCGGCAGGGCUACAAAGCGCCCACCGCCAUCCAGGCGCAGGGCUGGCCUAUCGCCAUGAGUGGCUCGAACUUCGUGGGCAUUGCCAAGACGGGAUCCGGCAAGACCCUGGGUUACAUCCUGCCCGCGAUUGUCCACAUCAACAACCAGCAGCCGCUGCAGAGGGGUGACGGACCCAUUGCCCUCGUGCUGGCCCCCACUAGGGAGCUGGCCCAACAGAUCCAGCAGGUGGCCACCGAAUUCGGUUCCUCGUCGUAUGUGCGCAACACCUGCGUCUUCGGCGGCGCCCCGAAGGGCGGCCAAAUGCGGGAUCUGCAACGCGGCUGCGAAAUCGUGAUUGCCACACCCGGACGGCUUAUUGAUUUCCUCUCCGCCGGCUCUACUAACCUGAAGCGUUGCACCUACUUGGUGCUGGACGAGGCUGACCGCAUGUUAGACAUGGGCUUCGAGCCCCAGAUCAGGAAGAUCGUCUCACAGAUCCGGCCCGACCGGCAGACGCUCAUGUGGAGCGCCACCUGGCCCAAGGAGGUCAAACAGCUUGCCGAGGACUUUUUGGGCAACUACAUUCAGAUCAACAUUGGAUCGCUGGAGCUCUCCGCCAACCACAACAUCCGCCAGGUGGUGGACGUUUGUGAUGAGUUCAGCAAGGAGGAGAAGUUGAAGACCCUCCUGUCAGACAUCUAUGACACCAGCGAGAGUCCCGGCAAGAUCAUCAUAUUCGUGGAGACAAAGCGGCGCGUGGACAACCUGGUGCGCUUUAUCCGCAGCUUCGGCGUUCGCUGUGGAGCUAUUCACGGCGACAAGUCGCAAUCAGAACGAGACUUUGUCCUGCGCGAGUUCCGCUCGGGAAAGUCCAACAUCCUGGUGGCCACCGAUGUGGCGGCCCGAGGACUGGACGUGGACGGCAUCAAGUAUGUCAUCAACUUUGACUAUCCGCAAAACAGCGAGGACUAUAUCCAUCGCAUCGGUCGCACUGGACGAUCCAACACAAAGGGCACAUCCUUCGCCUUCUUCACCAAGAAUAAUGCCAAGCAAGCCAAGGCGCUGGUCGACGUCCUCAGAGAAGCUAAUCAGGAAAUCAAUCCUGCCCUUGAAAAUCUGGCCCGCAACUCACGCUACGACGGUGGCGGUGGACGCUCCCGUUAUGGAGGCGGUGGCGGCGGCGGUCGUUUCGGCGGCGGCGGAUUCAAGAAGGGCAGCCUGAGCAACGGACGCGGCUUCGGAGGAGGCGGCGGCGGUGAAGGCAGACACUCGCGCUUCGACUAGAUCGCGGACAAUUAGAAGAGCAGUAAUAGAAGCUAUAGGAACAGGAGAUUUCAGUAGCUAAACUAAACCGCACUAGGUCCUAAGUUAAAUUAAGUUCAUAGCUUAAGUUUAAGAUUUCGUACUACUUUCACCAAACCAUUGACGGUUAUUCUCAGACUUAAAUUCAGACUUUUAACUCUGUUUAAUGAAACACCACAAUAAGCGAGCUAUUUGAACAUAGCGAAUUUAUGUUUAAAUGAUUUGUAAGUUAUUUGACGCUGCCCGCGAGGUCGGUACACAAUCCAAUUGAAAACAACAAAAACCAAACUCACUCCUUAAACGCAAAAUAUUUUCAAAUAUCAUGUGAUAAUUUCUUAAUUUAAUGCAACCUAUCACUAAACUAAAAGCAGAUGAAAUCGUAGCGCGAGGAGUAUAUUGAUGUAGUGAAGGAGGAGGAGGAGGAAGUAAGGAUCAUUCCCGUCUGUCCCGUCUUUAUGACAAUGAACAAAGGAUGACGAGCGACCUUUGUUUGAUAAAUAAAUUCUGCAAAUUACUUUUGGAAAAUUAACUUUUGGAUACCUUUUAUGGCUCAACAAGAAUAAAGCAAACAAAACAAACGGGAUUUCACUACUGACACUAAAUACAAAAGAAAAACUGUAUGUACAAGAUGAGAACUCUUCUCACUUCAAUUUAAUUUUUCGGAAAAAAUAAAGUGUGUGUAUACCUAUUACAACCUAAACCAACAACAAA